AUGGACAUCUCCCGGUUAAUAACUUAUGCCAAACAAAUCGAAAAAGAGAAGUUGAGGGAAAGGUCUAGAGGGUUCAAAAAGAUUAGAGUGGAUGAUGGAGGGUUCAACCCUCAAAGGUCCAGUCAUGGUGGCAUUAUCAAGGGCCAAGGCAGUCAACGAUUCUUAGGGCAAGGUUCUACAAAUGCCCCCACUCCUAAAUUCAACAAAGACAAGGGUGCUAAAUUAAUGAUCCCAAGAGAUAACAUUGGUACCCAAGCUUUUCCCUCAUGUGGGAAGUGUGGGAAGACCCACAAAGGAGAGUGCUUGGUGGGAUCAAACGCGUGCUUCAAAUGCGGCAAGCCGGGUUAUCAUGCUCUGGAUUGUAGAAGUGGUGGUGGUGGUAGGACUCAAGGCCAAGUUGCUCAUGGCCAACCAGUUCAAGGAGGUGGCCAAUAA